GCCGUGGUGGCAGCAGUCCUGCUUCUGGCCACGAUCACCGGGCUCAACCUCCGGGCCGUGGCACAAGAACCAUCUGCGGCUGACGUUGACGAAUCGCUUCAAAAAGCGGAAGCCGUGGUGGCGCAGGGAAAGAACCUGGAGCAGGAGGGGACGAACCUCGAGGGUCAGGAGAAGAGCACUAUCAGCAAACAGAACGCAGAGGAGGAUGAGAUGCUCGAGCGCGAGGAGAAAGUCUUGGAAGAUCGUGUGCGACAGACGGAGUACCUCCUGGCGGAACAGGAAGAGGUGCUGGACAAACGCCUGUCCAACCUUGAGGUGAACAAGGCACUCGCCAACCGAGUUCAAAAAGUCCAGGAGGAGAAGGAGUCGUUGCGCCUUGAGCGGCAGCGCCUCCUGAACGAGGAGCAGGAUCUUCGACGCUCCGAGUUUCGACUCGAGGAGGAAGCAAGACGCCUGCGUCGCGACAAAGCAAUCCGUGUCUUCAACAUCGUGCCGGCAUUUCAGUUCCUCUUCCGCGCGUCUCCAGGUGCAUGA